CCACCAAACAAACAAAUGACCGACUUCCGAGCCGUGACCGGAACAGGAAUCGUUGCUAGACUGCAAAUUUCAGACUUCACUCGGCCUCCAGAACAUCAUGCAACAAGAGACAAUCGGCACUGCGAGUCCACGCAAUGAUAUGACCCGGGCAUCCUCUACCCCGAGCAUUUGGGUGUAGAGCUCAAAGGCUGGAGCUCCCAUACACAAGCGGGGUAAUGGUGCGUUUACUUCGUCAGGACCAACCGUUUUCCCUCUUGUGCAUGAGAGCUAAAGCAGUAUUCCGUGUCUUGGCUUGCUCAGAUGUCAGGAUGUCCUGCAGAGCAGCGUUGCGUACCAGCCGGCUGAUUAUGAUGGCGGCUCCCAGCGUGCGGCGGAACGCGUCACGCCGCCUUUGUCAUUCAUGCUUGCGGGCUUGCCUUAGUCUUCCUCGAGGGUUGAGUGGCAUCCAGCUUUUCAGAAGCACUGCAGAUGAGAUACGACUUGAAUACUGCUGUCCCAGUUGCUGUACAGCAAGCGAGGCGCCACUGGCUGCAUCACUGCGAUUGAUCCUAAGGCUUCUGUGCCAACAUGGCGGAUAUGCUUCUAGCUAUCAGGUGUCAUUGCGAUAUGAAAAGUUCAGGAGCCGACAGACGUCCUCCAUACAACUCCUUAGUCCAUCUAGGUGAGCAUAUGUAUCGCUAAGUCUCGAGGAGUAUAGCUGUUGCCACAAUGUCUCUAAGUGUCUUGAGCCGCUGAAAGACUCUUCACUUCCACUCAUAUGUAGGGUCACAUCAAUGUGUACAUCCUCUACGCAUGAGCUCUUGUGUUAUUGUUAAUGGAAAUC